CAUGCGCGGAACAUAGACCCAUCCUUUUGCCGUGUAUGGCAGUUACCAGUCGAUACGACCAAGGCAGGAAUUCAUCAGUUCACCUGUGGUGGCGUAGCAGUUUGAAGGCGCAGUGUAUAAGAGCGGGACGUUUUCAAGUUAAUUUAAAACUGGUUGGAAAAAAAGUGUUACGCUACCAUUAGAAAAUACAGCUAAACGACCACACGUAUUACCAAACUCGGGACUAGGAACAAGCAAGAACAUAUAAUACGUAGAUCCUGAUUAUUUUAGAAGAACAAUACCAAGGCUGGGAGAGAUGCCGGUGUCCUUCAAGCUAGAAGUAACUGUUGUUGUUGCUGCUCUGCUAUGCGUGUGCUCACAUGGAAUGAAAAUAGAUUUCUCACGACUCACACACCUACAGUCUCCGUUCAUGCCAGCUCAUAAAAGAGGAUCAGAAUGCACAGGUAAUCCGUGUCCAGCAGACAAACCCUUUUUAUGCAGAUCGUCGUUUAAAUGCAUAGCCCUGAAGUUUGUGUGCGAUGACACGUACGACUGUGAUGACGGCUUUGACGAGGAGAAGGCGGUGUGCAACGCAGCCUCAAGACGAUCCAUGGAGGAGCUGGCCGAUUUUCUAAACACCGAAAAGGAUUGGAUUAUUCCAAGUCUUUUCGGAGGUGUGGACCCCGAAGUUGUUGCUCACACUUUAUCAGUUGCCAGUGGAAUAGAAGAUCUGGAAAUCACUCUUGGCUUGACUCCGGAAAAUGUGAAUAACCUUCGGAUAGCGUUCCAAGCAGCCCGAGAAGGUGACGAGCGCCCUCUUCUGGCAAUGCACAUGCCCGAGCGCUCGUGGCACGAGGUGCAGUACAUGCUGCAACAGCUCCUCGACAGCGGCUUCUCCGCGUGAGGUCACGUGGUCAGAUCCGCACAUGCGCAGGAUAAAUACCAUAUCCCAGUAGUCCGUCACUGUGAACAUUCUUUAGGCAAACAGGAAUAUAUGUCAACUCUAAUCGUUUGACUCUCGGCGCAAACAUUUAUAAGAAGUAGACAUUUCUGAAAAUACACUUUGUAACUACUGUCUCUCUCCCCCCCCCCCCCAUCUCUUUUUCUCACACAAUAUACAUACAGACAGACACAUACACAUACACAUACACAUCACACACACACACGCACAUACACCACACACGCACGCACAAACAUAUACCAAGUGCACUUCUACUCUUCUGUGUUAUAUGUUUCGACUACUUGUCAGUCUGUGACAUUAAGCGUCUGCCUCCUUGUGCCCAAAUCUGUUAGCGUGCCCAUGUAAGUUUCAGUUUGAGGCGCACCUGCCUUCGGCACAGGCUGGUCUCUUACAUGCCGAAUUAACAACACGCGCUCCAGUUGAACAUCUGUUUCAGUCUUCUCAAGCUUAGGCUUGUAGUAUGUUUUCAUACAAUAAUAUUUUACUACGUUCAGCAUCUUAACAUGACUCUGUCUUACCAAGUAUCAUCUAUUUACUUCUUGGACCUCAUCUGCCAUCAUUUAUGAAUGGUAUGACUGGAUGAAAUAUGAUCUUUCUUUAUUAAGUCGAAUAUAAUCUUCAAACAUUAAUUUGAGGUUUCGUUUAAGUAAGAGAUAAUAUAAACUAUCCACAAGGAAUGUCCACUUCAUAUCAAUGAAUGUGGUUUGUCCACCAGAAGAUAUCCCGAGGUCACCAUUCUGCAGUAGUAUGAUCUGUCUCCAUGUUCUAUGUUCCUGUUCUUUCUCCUCAAACAAACCAGUUCCCCUCACUACUCCAUGAUGCUGUUGUUACUUCCAUGAAGUAACCACCUCCCUCUCAUUGCUUUAGUUGGUUAUUUCGUUUCGUAAUCUACAAUCUGAAUUUAUUUUUUGAGUAUCGUGGAAACAUAACCCAUCAAUUUGUGAAGUUUAAAACAAAAUAAUACACAAUGUUCAAUGGAAUAAAAACGGUGACCGCGCAUGUGGACACAGGACACUAAAUCACUGUUGGAAGAACCAGGAUUGAGGUUAAAGUGUGGACGAUAGUUUACAUGGAUGCUGGAGACCAGCUAGAAUGGACAUUUAGUGGAACUGUUAACACAUGUGUUGUCGAAUUAUUUACGUAAAUCAUCACAUAAUAUUCUGUUAUUAGAAAAUACUGAAAAGAUUCAAAAGCUUUUGAGUUUGCCUUGGUUAUGUACGGAUGAGAAUAAAGCAAUUACUUUAAUUUUGACAA